UGAAAAAACAACGCAGCCAUUUUGAGUCGAGAUUAAAAACUCAAAAGAGCUAAGAAAUCACAUUAUUUCCUCUAGAAUGAUUCCAAAUAAGUACAAUCGGUGACAUCGCGUGUGGUUCGUUUCCAUUUGGCAAUCCUAUCUGUACUGUCGUACCAAUUUUUUGUCCGUGCUUUCUCAUCCGGCUGGCAUUCCAAAAUGCAAGUUACAACCAUUUAUCCCAACCUUUAAAUCUAGCAAUAACCAAUCAGAGCACCCGGAAUCCGAUGUCAGUGACGGAGUAUCCAAUCGGCGCAUGCGUCUCACGAUCGAGUGUAGUAGGGUAAAGAUGGCGGCGGGCUCGGAUUUGCUGGAUGAUGUUUUCUUCAACACUGAGGUGGACGAGAAAGUAGUUAGUGAUCUAGUUGGAUCUUUGGAGUCUGAGCUCACGGGAUCGGCUCGCGGAAACUCUGCAGUCAGGGUCCGGGCUGCCGCAAAUCACAUUGGCAACUCCGCUGUAUGUGGCAAUUCCAAUGUCCAGGACAGCAAAAUGGGACUUUCACAAGAGCUUGCUAAACCAGAGACUAGCGUCCAAGGGGGUGUCAUUAAUAGGACGAGGUCCACCAUGGAUACAGCGGCGGGCUCAAGCACGACAGCGGGACACAGGCAGAGUAAGACGGGGACAGCCGGUGGUGUGGUAACAGUGGUUCCCGAUCACGGGGAAGGGGUCGAAAAAACCGAUUCGGCUGGUGUACAAACUUUAAAUGGAAGUAGCGUUGUAAUAAACUCUCAUAGUUUGGUGAGCUCGGCAAGCAGCACAGUGCCCGCGGUCACGAUUGUCAACAACGGACCAGGCUCCGUGGUCAAAGGAAACUCAACUUCCAGCACUGUCAUUCAAACCUCUCCAAUGGACAAGGCUGUCACUUCAACUGUAAUAUCGUCGCAGCCGUCUGUUCGGAACAGUGUGCCUACUGUCACGCUCGUGAGGCCGCCUAUGCAAACCCCCGGAGCAGUCACCUCGCUGAGCGGGAGCAAUACCUGUCUGGCAUCAUCUGUCAACGUCGCUCACCCUGCGUGUUCAGGAGCACAAAUCAACAAGUCUGAGUCGCCCAAAACGACAAUACAAAAGACUGCACAGGUGACGGGGACGGCAGCAGCUGUAGGGAAAAGCCCGUCGACUCUUGCGAUCAGUCCUGGCGGGAUAAGGGCGAUCGCUCCUCAGGUAUUGGCCCCGAGACUUCCGCAGCCCCAACAGAACGGUCCAAACAUCCAAAACAUUCAGCUCCCCCCAGGGAUGGUGUUGGUGCGCAGUGAGAGUGGGCAGCUGUUAAUGAUCCACCAGCAGACCCUGGCCCAGAUGCAGGCUCAGUCCCAGAGCCCCAUGACCCCACGGCCAGCCACCCCCACCAGCACUCCUCCUGUCCAGAUCACCUCUGUACAGGCUCCAGGGAUGCCCCUCAUGGCCCGCCAGGUGACCCCCACCACCAUCGUCAAGCAGGGCACCCCGGCCCAGACCACUGUCCUCCAGAGGCCUCCUGUGCUACAGCAGAACACCAUUGUGCUGGGUGGGGCGGCUGCCAGCCCAGGUCAGGCCCCGUUGCAGCCUGGCUCGGCAGCAGCAGUCAACCAGCGAGCAGGGACCCCUGGAGCUACCGGGACACCAGGCACUACCACUAUGGAGACGCUGGAGAACGUGAAGAAAUGCAAGAACUUCCUUUCCACGCUGAUCAAGCUGGCAUCCAGCGGGAAGCAGUCGUCUGAGACCACGGCCAGCGUCAAGGACCUGGUCAAGAGCCUGUUGGAAGGCAAGAUCGAAGCGGAGGAGUUUACCAGUCGGUUAUACCGGGAGCUCCACUCCUCUCCUCAGCCAUAUCUCGUGCCUUUCCUCAAGAGGAGUCUCCCCGCACUGCGUCAGAUGACCCCAGACUCAACAGCCUUCAUCCAGCAGAGCCAGCUUCCCCAGGCCAGCGUCCAGCCUGGCGCCUCCUCCACUGCCCUGACUGCAGUGGUGCUGGGGGGCACGGCCGCCACACAGAGACUCCCUCUUAACAGAACCACCACCACCAGCCCCGGGGCCAAGGGGACCAUGCACCAGUCCCCUGUCAUCAGCCCGGCCCAGACACCUCACAGCAAGCCUGGCCUGACCCCUGGCCCAGUCGCCCAUGGUUACUUUCCGAGGCCAGUCCCACAGUCGCAUCAUCAUGGGACAUCCGCAGGUGGUCAAACAGCUGCAAACAGUUCCUGUAGUGAAACAAGCUCUAGCGCCAGGGGCCAAGGUAACGCUGGGGCGCCAGUCUAUGCUCUCUGUUGCACAGAAGAACAAGCUGAAGGAGGCAAGCGGAGGAACCUUCAAAGAUGAUGAUGAUAUCAAUGACGUGGCCUCCAUGGCUGGAGUUAACCUGUCAGAGGAGAGUGCCCGUAUCCUGGCAACCAACUCUGAGCUGGUGGGCGCGGUGACCCGCUCCUGUAAGGACGAGGCCUUCCUCUACACCACCUCACUAACCCGGAGAGUACAGGAGAUCGGUAGGAGGUUUGGGGUGAUUGACCUGGGGCCAGAGGUUAUCGACUACGUUUCCCAUGCGACAGAGCAGCGGCUGCAGAACCUGCUGGAGAAAGUGACGGAGGUGGCGCAGCAGAAGAACAUCACCUUCAAGGAGGAUGAUAAAUAUGAACAGGUGAGUGACGUGCGAGCCCAGCUGAAGUUCUAUGAGCAGCUGGAUCAGAUGGAGAAACAGAGGAAGGAGGAGCAGGAGAGGGAGAUCCUGAUGAAGGCUGCCAAGUCUCGAUCUCGGCAAGAGGACCCAGAGCAGCUUCGGCUCAAACAGAAGGCCAAAGAGAUGCAGCAGCAGGAGCUGAAUCAGAUCAGGCAGAAGGAGGCCAACAUGACGGCCCUGGCAGCCAUCGGCCCCAGGAAGAAGCGGAAAACGGAGUCCCCCGUCAACGGAGCCGGGGCUGAGGGUUCUGGCUCCGGUCCCUCAUCGUCAGUUGGUGGCAACAGCGGAGGCUCCAGACCUCAGCGCCAGCGCAUCACCAGGGUCAACCUCAGGGACCUGCUCUUCUGUCUGGAGAAUGAGAGAGAAACCAGUAGCUCACAUCUGCUCUACAAAGGCUUCCUCAAAUAACACACAGAGAGAGCGGCCACGCCCUGUACCACUUCCAGAGAGACGAGACACUAAUGAGAGAAACCAGUCACUCUGAUGCACGUGACUCAGUCUCCAAUAACACCUCCCCCGACAGAUAAGAGGCCAGACACUCCCAAUAGCACGUCCCUUAUAGAGCCAAAUGGACCAGCUACAGGUGACGGCACCUCCCCCUCUCCUGUGCUCUCCUACACUCAUGACCUGGAGGGUAGGCAGACCAGCGGCACCUGGAACAUUAAUCAUCAGCUGUGCCCUAGGCGUCUUCCUCAAAGGUGAGGUGGUGGGACUGACCUCUCAGACUAGCUCUUCUGGACCCUCCUUUACCCCCGUGCCUCUCACAGUUCUGUAGGGACCAGCUACUGGCAACCUGGUCCCCUCCCAUAAACUGCCCUCUGGUGCCCUGGAGGGGAAAUGCUCUUACUUGUGAUGUCUCCUUUGGGUCUGGAAACAUCCUCAUUCACGGUAGGUGCAUAGCUUUUCCGUCCUUUAACCUCAUGCAAGAGGCUUAUAUGAUUAGACUUUUUUUAUAAAGAACCCCCAGCGAGGACCCUUUUAACACGGUUAACGAACAAAUGUACAAAACUGCAGUAGUAACGUCAAAUCCCUGACCAUACAGAAACUCUGGGCCUUUUGUUAGGGGAUAGAGACUCUUUUAUAGUCAUUCAUUCUAGUGCUAUUGCCUGUGGAAAUUAUUCUUUUAUUUGAAUUUUUUUCUUGACUGAUACAAGUCUUCUGCUGAGUUGCCUUUUUUUUGGCCAAAAUAAAGCCAUAUGAACGAUACAUGUCUAACUCUCUAGAACUCUGAUAACAUUACAGGACCCCUGGUUGAUAUUCAGAGUUUUUAGGCUUUGUUUGAUGUCUGUUUGAGUGUAACUUCCCGUGUGCUUUUGUGUCUUGACUUUUUGUUUUUGAAUCCGGUAUUAUGAUUGUGUCAACAUGUCCGUUGGAAAAGGUUAUGGAAAUGGACGCGAGCUUGUGGGCACGCUCAUUUCUGGUGCACAUGUGACAUCCUAUGGAAACAGUCUGUCAAUCACAGUUCAUACAAAUCAUUAUGUUUCUGCCAGUAGACUGUGUGUGGGGGGGGGGGGGGAUAAGCAUGAGUGAGAGUCAUGUAAAAUAACUUAUAAUAAUUCAUUGUUGAUGCAACAAUGCAAAGUGAGACUGAGACGUUGAUGCAACGUUGGCAAUAAAUAGCCUUUUUAUGAUUGGAGGUAGGCCAUUCCUGGCUGCCAUGGUGAUGCGUGACGGGACUGCACACCCUCAACGACUGAUUUGUAAUCAAGUCAACGGUCAGAGGGAUACACCCACUUUCUAUAUAACUUUCAAAAUAUUUUGUUGGCGCACAUACUAAUUGGUUGUUUUGGAUGGUAGUGUAUAUUGAUUCAACUUUUCUAGCUGUACAUACUUCAGUUGGCCUUUUUGUAAGGUCUGUCAUUAGAAGAUGAAUUCUCUUUUCUCAACGUCAUUUUUUCUCUCUCUGCUAGUCAAUCAGUAUUGAUAUGUUUUUAUACCAUCGCCCCUGGCAACUGUUACCCACAUUUCCCUCUGUCCGUUUUCUAUCGGAGAACACAGUUUUCAAUGAAAAACUGAAGUAUAUUAUGUAAUUGUAAAUUUUUGCACAUCCAUUUGUUUAAUAUUGUAAAUACUCUAAAUGAAAGGUUUUUAAUGGUGAUUGUUUAUAGAGGAUUGAGAGAGAAUGAUCUCCUUCAUAAAAAAAGAA